AUGUCGUUUCCCUUGAGCGUUAGCACUCCCAGCUGGCGACCAGCGAUCUGGUCCCCAGACGCGUCGUCGUCGCGUCCAACGCCGUUCUCCAGCUCCCCUGAACAUUCGGGUAUCCUAUCAACAUCGGCUUUGUCAAUGCAUGGAUCGCUUCCUAAUCAGACCACUCGACAGUGGAACUUCACCGCAUUCGAAUGGACUGUAAAUGAUGUCAAAGCGUUAUGUGAGACGAUUGAGCACUCCAGCGCGCCGGAGGGAUCCGCAGAGCGCGUCCACGAGGACGAGCCAUUCGAGAUUCUGCGAGAGCAUCCUUCGAUUGGAGAUGGCAAAUUCAUUUUGGAAAUCGCGCGCACACCCGCUCAACCUAGGAUACCUACGACACCCCUCGAAGGUCCAUCACGCUCUUGCACCACAGCAACUCGAGUAGGACCACAAACCCUUUCUUUGUAUAUCACAAGUCUCAUGGAUCACACAAACAUGGACUCUGACAUGACAGCUUCCUUGUUGGUGGCGAUCAAGUGCGUUGAUGAGAGAGGCAGUGAGCGAGGCACUCCUGCGGAAUGGGUCUGGGAGAAUUGGGAGCAGAACUGGUGCUUCAGGAAGGAAAGUGAAUUCUGGGAAUGCCCACUUCCUCCCUUGUCGACCCUAUUGGAAAACCAAAACAUCAGCCUCACAGAAUCAUUCGUAAUCUGCGUGCAGAUUCACAGCCCGGUUGGACCAUUUGUACCCCAACUGCCCUCGGCUCACUAUAUACCCCGUGAUCUACUUGAUGGUUUUGAAGCGUCUUUGGACAAUGCACACACGGGUGAUGUCGCUUUCAUUGUUCUGGAGCGAUCGGGUUCGCUGGUUCAAAGCGCACCUCAGUCCCCACGAUCGGUCUCGUCUCGCUUGAGCGGCAGCCGCCCCCAAACAGCUCGCAAGCGCGUCAUCUACGCGCACAGUGAUAUCUUGAAGAGUCGAUCCAACUACUUCCACACAAUGCUGAACUCGGCCUUCUCCGAGGCAUCCUAUAUUCUGUCUAAAGAACGCAAGAUCUACAAAAUCGUUGUGGAGGAUGCAGACUACAUAUCUGUAUAUUGGCUGCUCAAAUGGGUCUAUACGAAUUGGAUCCAUUUCAAGGAGGAGGAUGACCCUCGCGUCGUUUUCGAUACCGCAGUCGGGAGCUUGUCAGCCCAGCGUCUGGCGGGUGGCGUGGCGGAAUGGGAAUGGAGGACGCUCAUCCGUGCCGAUCCUUCUGCCGACAGUGUUGGAAGCCGCGACGAUAUCGACAGUGACGUCCGCGCUGCACGCAGUGUCGCAAGCGUGGAAAGUCUGCCUUCGGUUGCACCUGCUCGACACACCGUGGAAUCGAUUGCGGAGCGGACCACGCCCGGCCCUGACCCAAUCAGGCGAGUCCCCAGCACCCCGAUCACCGGAAAUGAUGGUUUCUCUCGCGUACAUGCGGCUGUCAGUACACGGCCGACAAGCAUCCCAACCUCCACGAGCCGUAAACCGUCAGCUAUCCCAAUACCAACCAGCACCGGUAGUCCGAAUACUGGCUUCGUCAAGCGUAAUCCUCAACCGAGGCCCUCAAAGUCGCCACACCUCCCGCGCUUCCCUUCCCAUAAUUUGAAUACCGACCCUCACCCUCAUCCUGCUGGUCAACCUCCCCCUGCCUCUGCUUUAUCUAUUUACAAGAUUGCGCACCGGUACUUGCUUCCUGGGCUGUCCAACCUGGCUCUCGACCACAUGUUGAGCACAAUUACGCCACAAUCAGCUUUCCCCCUCUUGCUCGCUUCCCAUUUCUGGGAUGACUUGCACUACCUGAUAGAGGACUACAUUGUAGAGCACUGGGACUUGGUUUCACAGCAAGACGAUUUUGAGUCAUGCUGUGAAGAGGUUGCCGCUGGUGAAUGGGGGCCGCACGGAGGCAAGACGCUGGCCGGCUUGUUCAGAAGGCUUCGUUCACCAUCGAUAACGAACCUCGCUUGGUAUCCGUACUGGUUCCAUGAGAUCGGCGACUCUGUGAUCGAGCAAGCGAAAGCCGAGUAUGAAGCAUUGAUGAAGGUCGAUCUAUUCCCGCGCGACCCCGACUAUCGUAUUGUCGACAUCCCCGGCAAGGGCAAGGGCGUCAUCGCAAAGCGCAGGCUAGCUCGCGGACAACUCAUAUUCUCCGAGGCACCCAUCUUCCUAUACAAUAUCGAUAUCAAGCCUGUAGGACUAGCACAGUUCUACCUCUGCAGAGUGCACUCGAGUCCCAGCUACAACGUAUCAUAG